UUCACAUCCAACGACGCUUGCUCACAUUCUCUGUCACCUGCAUUCUUUCUAGCUUUCUUUUCUUUUCAUUUUCUCCCUUCUAUUUCCAUAACCCAUCAUGAAGAUCGCCUCAAUUAUUUCAUUGGCAGUCGCUGUCUUGUCCCUUACAAAUGCAGCACCCAUUGAUCGAAGGCCGCAUAGCCUAUUUGGUCCGCCAGCGGGGUCGUACAAGAGUCAUUCCGUUGCUUUGACCCGCAACCCUCGUUUCAAGCACAAUGUUCCAGCACAAUUGGCCAAACUCAACAGUCGCUUCCCAGGUGUCGUGAAGGUCUUGGCUUCGUCCGGCCGUGUUGAUGUGACUAAUGUCGAAAACGAUUUGGAGUAUUAUGGAGUUGUCUCCGUCGGUACGCCUCCACAGGAAGUCAAGCUGGAUUUUGAUACUGGCUCUUCCGAUAUCUGGUUUCCCGCUGUGAACUGCACAUCUGCCGCCUGCAAGCAACAUGCUCAAUAUGAUCCUUCUCUCUCUUCGACGUUCCAAGAAGAUGGCCGUCGUUGGAAGAUCACCUAUGGUGAUCAGUCUAGUGCCUCUGGUAUCUUGGGCAAUGACAUCGUCACUGUCGGAGGCAUUUCUGUUUACCAGACAAUUGGUCUUGCUCAAAAACAGUCAUCCCAUUUCUCUUCCUCGAUUUCGGAUGGUCUCUUUGGCCUUGGUUUCAAUACCAUUGAAACCGUACCUGGCGUCAAGACCUUCUUGGACAAUGCAAUUGAAGCUGGCCUAUUAGAGAAACCCGUUAUCUCCGUCUUUUUGCCCUCAGUCCGCCGAAACGGCGGGGUUGGGGGUGAGUAUCUCUUUGGUGAUAUUGAUGAGUCUAAAUUCUUGGGCGAGUUGACCUAUGUCCCCAUCACCAAGAAAGGCUACUGGCAAAUCAAGGUUGAGGAUGCUGGGUUCAAUGACGAUUCUAUCCAACAGUCCUCUGAGGGUAUUGUGGACACCGGUACGACAUUGAUCAUCGUGAGCGAUAAAGCUGCGAAUGCCAUCCACAGCAAGAUCGAAGGUGCACUGAAAGAUCCCAAGAACGGAUGGACAGUUCCCUGCUCCUUGAGCUCAAACACUGAGGACAACAUCACGUUUACAAUGAGUGGAACUGCAUUCAAUGUACCAAUUGCAGAUCUGGCAUUUGAGGAUGUUGGAGAUGGGUCUGGAAACUGUUUCUCAGGCAUUCAAGGUGGUCAGGAAGGCCUUUGGAUCUUGGGUGAUGUUUUCAUUAAGAACAAUUACUGUGUCUUUGACCAAGGUGAAGCUCGUAUCGGCAUCGCACCCUUGAAGUAUGACUAAAACACACGCAUACACAAAAAAAGGCUCGGUCGUUCUAAUUAUAUAAUCAGCAUUAUAAUGGGUGGGAUGCUGGACAUUCGACCCGUCUCUUCUGGUCUAUCAAAGGCUGAUACGCUCAUGAAUAUACCAUUUAAAAUAUAUUUAAAUAUGUAGUAUAAAAAAUAAGAUACAUGUAAUAUUCAUUUAUACUCUGUUAUCCUUAUACAAACGUAAAGUAAACUAUACCCU